UCGAGAUUUUAGCUCUCUGCUCCAUAUCCCAGUUUCAGUUUCUCAUUUCAGUCUUGUUUUGCAUAUCCUUGUAAACGAAGAAUGGACAGAAACCAGUUGCGACGCCAGGUUGCCCACAUGAGAAGUUCUCUCAUUGAGCAGCAUUACUUGGAUCAGCAGCAAUUUGUCCAGCUGGAGGAUUUGGAAGACGAUAGUAACCCAAACUUUGUGGAGGAAAUUGUGACAUUGUUCUACAAAGACUCAUCUAGACUCUUCCAAAAGAUUGAUCAAGCACUGCAUAGUGUACCUAUGGAUUUUGCCAGGCUGGAUGAUUACGUGCACCAGUUCAAGGGUAGUAGCUCAAGCAUUGGUGCUAUAAAGGUGAAGAAUGAAUGCACACAAUUCAAAGAAUUUUGUCUGGCAGGAAAUGCUGAAGGAUGCUUGAGGGCUUUCCAGAGAGUGAAACAUGAGCAUGAGGCCUUGAAGAGGCAGCUUGAAACUUAUUUCCAGUUGAGAAGACAAGCUGGAAUGGCACAAAGGUCUUGAAUGCCACACAUCGCCAAUCUAACCUGAGGUGCCCAUAUAAUAGGGAGAAACUAGUUGAGAACUAUGUAUUUUGUGGACUCCUAGCUACGUAAUAUAUAUUUUACUAUAGAAGGCACCAUAUUCAAGUUUAGCUACUGUAAUAUGCAGAUACUGAGUUUUGGUUAGCCAUUUAUAAUAAUCUAUAGAAGUAAUAUUGUUCGAAAAAUCUACUUCUAGAUUUACCAAUAAGGCAAUUUCUACUCCUCUAUGCUAUAUACUGCAAUGCAUGUAUUACGAUAUGAAGGCCUUUCUUCUUUUAAUAAAUAAAUUUGCAGCUGUGUUG